GAACGGCCAAAAGGUGCCUUUGACUGGGUUUUUCUACGCUACGUCUGACGUGGAUAUUCUUCAGCUUCCUUCAUUGACUCAGACUUACCAAACUAUGAUCACAACCCUAUCUCAGUGUCCUCAGUGCGGGUUCGCGCCAUCUGAAAAGCCCCUUCCCAAUGGGAUCUCCAUCGCUCAACUGCAGGAUUUUUUUGCCUGUAAUGACGCUCCCGUAUGCGCCGAACGUGCGGAACUAGAAGCCGUUAUCCGUGAGGGAGAGCAGUAUUUGGCCUUCCUCCAGCAACGCAUAUCACAAACCCAGAACACCCUCGACUCACUCUUGAAAGAGCAGAACUGAGCAGUGAAGCACAUCGCCGACUCGAAAUUUGUCUUGAAUCCCGUCCGUCGUUUACCCCCCGAGAUUUUGAGCCACAUCUUUCUUUCAUGUAUCCAUCCGGACAGCGAGCUGUUACAGUCCAACGAUAGCGACACGGAUACUUCAUUGCUGGACUCCCUCAAUAUCAAGAAUUCUCCGUGGAACUUAUCCUAUGUCUCAUCUCGAUGGCGUCAAGUUGCUUUAACCACACCUAGUCUCUGGUCAUUCAUCCGGCUCCAACUU